UCAAAAUUGAUAGAUACAGAGCAUACAGUGCUGAGAGAAGGAAGUUUACAAUUUUGUCAUCGUAAAAUAUAACUUCCAAAUAUUUACAGUUGCAAUGGAUGCUAAAACCAUAACAAGAUAUGAGAAAAUAGAUUUUCUGGGUGAAGGACAGUUCGCUACGGUAUACAAGGCCCGGGAUUCCGUCUUAGAUAGAAUAGUUGCAGUCAAGAAAAUCAAAAUUGGCAGCCGAGAAGAAGCCCAAGAUGGCAUUAAUCGAACGGCUCUGCGCGAGAUCAAAUUAUUACAUGAACUGCAGCAUGAAAAUGUGAUCGGACUGUUGGACGUAUUUGGUCAUAAGUCGAACGUUUCGCUAGUGUUCGAUUUCAUGGAUACCGAUUUGGAAAAUAUUAUUAAAGAUACGAAGAUCAUGCUCACCCCAGCCAAUAUCAAAGCGUACACCAUUAUGACGUUGCAGGGACUGGAAUAUCUGCAUCUCAAUUUCAUUUUGCAUCGUGAUCUGAAGCCGAACAAUUUAUUGAUCAACUCCAGCGGCAUCUUAAAAAUUGGCGAUUUUGGUUUGGCCAAAUUUUUCGGUUCACCCAAUCGCAUUUACACACAUCAGGUGGUGACUCGAUGGUAUCGAUGCCCAGAGUUAUUAUUCGGAGCCCGGCAAUACAAUGUCGGUGUUGACAUAUGGGCUGUGGGAUGCAUAUUAGCCGAAUUGUUGCUGCGAGUACCAUUCCUUCCGGGCGACAGUGAUUUAGAUCAACUGACAAAGAUAUUCCAAGCGCUUGGCACGCCUACCGAAGAGAAUUGGCCAGACGUUAAACUGCUGCCGGAUUACAUGCAAUUCAAAUCGUUCCCCGGUACACCGUUUCAGCACAUUUUCACUGCUGCACCCAACGAUUUGCUGCAAUUAAUCGAAAAAUUGCUGGCACUUUGUCCGUCCAAUAGAUGCACUUGCACCGAAGCUCUUAAUAUGCCGUACUUUUCGAAUAAACCGGCACCGACUGUUGGCGAAAAAUUACCGAUGCCAUCGUCGUGCGUUCAACAGGAACAGAAGCGACCGAAUUUGAAACGGAAAAUUACCAGUUCCGAUGGUGGUGUGAUGCUCAAGAAGCGAUUGCAAUUUUAGUCAGAGAAAAACAUUAUCUUCCGUUCGAUUUGUUAUUGAAUUUGUUGGCAAUUUAAUUUAUUGAUUUUCUAAUUAAACGUGGAAACGAUCGAGUCGAUA